UCAUCCUUGAGGGAUACUGGCUGGAUCAUGCGCGCGCGUCGUAUCAAACGAGUCCAGCCCUCAACACAGGAGCAAGAGACAGAAGAAAGCGCGGCCAAGUGGCCGGGCGCGGAGGCGGGCGCUACAACCGAAGAGAUGGAGUGAAUUUCCUCGAAUCGUUCGUCUUUUACCUUUUCACUGCAUCGACGACGGUCACUGGCAGACCGAGCGCGAGUCAGUCGAACCAUGAGUUUCGAAUUAAACGGCGGCCUGGAAUCGACAAGACAUCAGCAGAUGCAACACAAUCCGCCGCCGCCACAGCGCAACAAACCGAUUCGCCUGAAAAAUCACUCCGUUGGCAGCGAAUCUUACGACAAUCUCCACCGCACAGCGAACCCGCAAAGCGGAUGUGGAACUCAGGUUUGCCGGGCAAGUAUUUGGCACUUGACGGACCCUCGCCUAUCUUACCCAACACCGCGCGAGCUCGAUCCUGAAGAUGAGGAAGCCCUACUCACGUCAGCCAAAGAUUUUUUGGAGCAUUAUUAUACCUCCAUUAAAAGGCUGGAUACCGAGUCACAUCGAGCUAGAUGGGAAUCUGUACGUCGGGACAUCCACCUGACGGGCACCUACGACCUGACGGAGACGGAGUUGACAUUCGGCGCCAAACUGGCAUGGAGGAAUUCAGCCCGUUGUAUUGGACGCAUCCAGUGGGCGAAACUACAGGUGUUUGACGCACGUCACGUCACCACGGCACAGGGCAUGUUUGAAGCUCUUUGUAACCAUAUCAAAUAUGGGACAAACAAAGGCAACAUUCGAUCGGCAGCGACCGUUUUCUGCCAACGAAAGCCAGGCCAGGGCGAUUAUCGUAUCUGGAACGCGCAAUUGAUCAGCUACGCAGGUUAUCGAAAUAAAGAAGACGGUACCAUCAUCGGAGAUCCAGGAACAGCAGAAUUCACUGAGGUGUGCCAGAAACUCGGAUGGGUUGGAGCCGGAACGCGUUUCGACCUACUUCCUCUAGUCCUCCAAGCCGGCAACCGUCCCUAUCCGGAGCUCUUCUCUAUUCCACCCGAACUCGUCCUCGAAGUGCCACUCCAUCACCCAACGUACGAUUGGUUCUCCGAGCUGGGACUCCGCUGGUACGCUCUUCCAGCCGUGUCCAGCAUGGCCUUCGAUUGCGGGGGUCUACAAUUUACGGCCGUCCCGUUCAACGGCUGGUACAUGACGACCGAGAUAGCCACACGAGAUCUUGGCGACACGCAUCGGUAUAAUCAACUCGAGGUGGUGGCUAAACGAAUGGGACUGGACACGCGGACGCACUCCAGUUUGUGGAAAGACAGGGCCGUCAUCGAGCUCAACGCUGCUGUUCUCUACAGUUUCCAGAAAAUGAACGUGACUAUCGUCGAUCAUCAUACUGCGUCGGAAUCUUUUAUGAAGCAUCUGGAGACGGAGACGCGACUAAGAGGCGGCUGUCCAGCCGAGUGGGUCUGGAUCGUCCCACCGACCUCCGGUUCCUUGACGCCCGUCUUUCACCAGGAAAUGGUCUGCUAUUCGCUCAAACCAUCUUAUGAAUAUCAGGAGGUCGCUUGGAAGAACUUCCAGUGGGACGAGGAAGAUUCAACUUCCGGAUCGGCGUUAGGAUUGCUGGCCGGUGGGCGAAGUUCAGGAGGACGUCGUAUCAAGUACCGCUUCAAAGAGGUGGCGAGGGCCGUCAAGUUCACUUCGAAUCUAUUCGGCAAAGCCUUGCAACGACGCAUCAAAGCGGCUAUUCUCUACGCCACCGAGACGGGCAAAUCAGAAAAGUACGCACAUAUGCUGGCUGAGCUCUUCAACCACGCGUUCAACGCACAAGUCAUGUGCAUGUCGGAUUAUGACGUCAUCAGUCUGGAACACGAGGCGCUGGUGAUGAUCGUGACGUCUACGUUUGGCAACGGAGAUCCACCGGAAAAUGGAGAGGCGUUCGCUCGUGAAGUGCGUGGAAUGGCCAACAACCAUCACUCACACCACCAUCCCAUAGCUACUCAACCUAAAUAUCAACUCGGUUCUUCCAAGUCGGGUACGCCGCUACUCAACCGAGUUCUCAACCGCGAUCAGCAUAGCUUGCGCAGCUUCUCUUUCGACCAACUCCAACAGCCUUCGGUCGACAGUCUUGGACCUCUUAGCAAUGUCAGAUUCGCUGUUUUUGCUCUCGGCUCGAGCGCCUAUCCCAAUUUCUGCGCCUUCGGCUUGUACAUCGACGAACUUCUCGGCAGUCUCGGCGGCGAGAGACUUGCCACGGCGACCUGCGGCGACGAGCUGAGCGGCCAAGAGCAAACCUUCCGAUCCUGGGCCCAGCAAGUCUUCCAUACGGCCUGUGAAACGUUUUGCCUAGAAGACGACGUCAACAUCGACGACGUCAGUGCCACGCUACGCAGGGAUCUUAUUACGUCGGACACGGUUCGCUUCGUAGCCAUCAACCCCCAGGAGAAGCCGAUUCACGAUAUUGUUGCAGGCCUGUCACAGACGCACGCCAAGAACGUCACCGAGUGUCCAGUUGUCUUCAACGUGACGCUCGCGAAGGACACUGAUGGCCGUACAACCGUCCACGUUGGCCUAAAAAUCAGCAACCAAUGGAUCAACGGGACACGCAGCUCGGUGACAGCGGCCACCUACGAACCUGGUGAUCACAUUGGCGUUUUCGCCGUCAACGACCAUACCCUAGUGGCCGGACUGAUUGAUCGACUGGGUGCCAAUUCUACCCUACCGCCUGACGGCCCUCUCCAGCUGCAAACGCUCACUGAACAUAAAGAUGGUGGGAAAACGUGGCAGAAUCAAGAACGUCUACCAGCUUGCAGUUUACGGACCCUCCUGUCCCAUUAUCUCGACAUCACAACACCGACGUCACAGACCCUCUUGGCUCUACUGGCCGCUCACGCCUCCGCCGAGGAAGACAAGCGACGCCUCCAGCUUCUUGCAACAGAUGCUCGAGAAUAUGAAGAUUGGAAACACUGGGGCUUUCCUCAUUUACUGGAAACUUUGUUAGAGUUCCCAUCGGUUGCCAUCGACGCGGCCCUACUUGUAUCCCAACUUCCACUGCUCCAGCCCAGAUUCUACAGCAUCUCCUCUUCGCCGCUGAUCGAUCCUAACCAAAUCGAUAUUACUGCAGCCGUCAUCGCCUUCAAAACGCAAGGUGGAAAAGGUCCCAUACAUUACGGCGUCUGCUCCAACUACUUAGCUCACCUAAAGAGCGGCGAUAAAAUUCAAUGCUUCUUUCGCAGCGCGCCCAAUUUUCACUUACCCACCGAAAUCGAGAGACCUGUUGUCAUGGUGGGUCCUGGAACUGGGGUGGCACCGUUCCGUGGCUUUUGGCAACAUAAGCAAGCGCUUCAAUUAAAAGGAAAAGAAAUGGGUCCCAUGCUACUCUUUACCGGCUAUCGCUCACCCGAUUGCGACCUGUUCGUCGAAGAGAAGUCAUCUAUGGUAGCCACGGGCAUCUUAGACUAUGCCUUCUUGGCUCUCUCCCGUCAUCCGGCCGUCCCCAAGGCUUACGUACAAGACAAGCUGCUGGAAGCCGCUCCGCUAGUAUAUCGAAUGCUGACGCAGCAAAAAGGGCAUUUUUACGUGUGUGGCGACUGCGCCAUGGCUGAGGAUGUGGCCAACACCUUGCGCUUGGUGUUUCAAAAAGCCGGUGGAUUGGAUGCCGAAGAAUCGGAUGAUUUCCUCAUGACCCUUCGAAACGAGAGGCGCUAUCAGGAGGAUAUUUUCGGCAUCACUUAUCGUGCGCCGGAAACGGUCAUUGCCAAUCGGAGGCAGCAAUGAAUGAUCGCUGACCGCAGAUCACAAGCCAAAAACAAAAACUUUCAACCUUUUUCAGUGUCUUUUUUCAUUUAAGUAUCAGCAGUUAACACCUGCAUUCCAGUUUUUCUCUUUUUGGCGGACAUUUAUUUCAUUCUAUUCAAAUUUCUUUCGGAAUUGUUGAUCUCUCUUUUCGAGAUUUAUGCACUUAGGAAAGCUUUUUACCUUUCGACAGCAAUCUCAAUGUUUAUUCGACAUUUAUCUCUCUCUUAUCCGUUUGUAAUAUUCGGUGCUGACUGUUUCUUUCCAAUUAUGAACGGGGUACACAACGGAAUAUUUUGAGUUUCUAUUUCGAACAAUAACGUCGCUACAUCAUUUGUUAGGAAAUCAAACAUUUAAUAAUUUAAUGUUAUUAGGUAACUUCGUUUGAUUCGGUUACGUCCUAGAUCUUAAUUAGCUUGUGGUUUCCAAGUUCUUCAAAUAAACUCUGUGAUUGCG